UCGUAACCGUGUGGCAUCGAUCAUUGCCUUGUUGGUACUUCUUGUUAUCGACGAUUGGUCAUUUUUCGUGAACUGCUACAAUGCUGGAUAUUCCAGAACGCAUUUUGAAGUACAUCGAAGAUCAUGGGGACGUUGAUACGCUCGAUCUCGCCGCAGUGCUUGGGGAGGAUCAUCAGAAAAUCAUCGGUGGAGUGAAAAGCAUUGAGGCAACCGGUGAACUUAUCCUCAGCCAACCCAGCACGAGAAAGUCCUGGAAAUUGACCUCUGAAGGGGAACAUAUUUUGGAACACGGCAGCCAUGAGGCCAACAUUUUCAAGGCAGUUCCUGCCGCAGGAACAACGCAAGCCGAACUCAUGAAGAGCGGCAAGAACCCAAAGGCUGGAUUCAGUAAGGCGAUGUCCAAUGGUUGGAUCUACAUCGAUAAAUCUGGCGGAGCGCCCUUGAUUAAACGCAAAGUGGAAACCAUCGACGACGAGGUACACGCGCAUGUGAAGGCCAUCGCUGAAGGGAAAGAGUCCUCCGUGUCCGAUAGCGUGAAGAAUGAGUACAAGAAGCGAAAGAUUCUGGAGGAAAGCGUCACGAAAAGCUUCAUACUUUCUAAAGGACCUGAAUUUGCAACCACGCUGAAAAAACUGGAAACCGAUUUGACCGUAGAAAUGUUGGCCAGCGGUCUGUGGAAAGAUUUGAAGUUUAAGGCGUACAACUUCGAUGCUCUCGGUGCACCGCCGGGUCGUGGGCAGCUACACCCGCUGAUGAAGGUACGAACCGAGUUCCGGCAAAUAUUCCUCGAGAUGGGCUUUUCCGAAAUGCCAACGAACAACUUUGUCGAAUCGAGCUUCUGGAACUUUGACGCGCUAUACGUACCGCAACAGCAUCCAGCCCGAGACCAGCAGGAUACGUUCUUUGUUUCGCAUCCACAAAUGAGUGAUAAGUUUCCUUUUGCGCUGUUAGAUGCUGUGCGAGAUUCGCACCAGCGAGGAGUAGAUGGAUCUAUCGGCUAUCGGUACAAAUGGAAGCAAGCAGAGAGCCAAAAGAACGUGCUACGGACGCACACGACCGGCGUUAGUGCUCGCAUGCUGUACAAGGUAUCCAACCAACCGGGUGGGUUUAAGCCAGUCAAGUACUUUAGCAUAGACAAGGUGUUCCGCAAUGAAACACUGGACGCUACCCAUCUGGCCGAGUUUCACCAGGUGGAAGGAGUGGUGGCUGAUUACGGAAUUACGCUGGGCGAUCUUAUAGGCACUUUCAAUGCGUUUUUUAACAAACUCGGAAUCACCGAGCUGGAGUAUAAGCCAACUUUUAAUCCCUACACCGAACCGUCGAUGGAAAUAUUCUGCUUCCAUCCGGGUCUAAGCCGUUGGAUUGAGGUGGGCAACUCUGGCGUGUUCCGCCCGGAAAUGCUUCAACCUCUCGGUGUUCCAGCGGGCGUUAACGUUAUUGCCUGGGGUUUGUCACUCGAACGACCAACCAUGAUAAAGUACGGUCUCAACAAUAUCCGUGACCUUAUUGGACCGAAGGUAGAUUUGAAGAUGGUGCAAGACGGACCAAUUUGCCGUAUGAAUUGUUAAACGGUAUUUACACUAAGCAAAACCAUUUCAACAAUAAAUUCCGCAUUAAAAACAACGAUUUUUCAAUCAACUAGCGAGAGU